ACUACGUGCUGUCCUGUUGCCCCGCCUCUUGUUGUAGCUUCAAAUAUUGAUGAGAGAACACUUAAAAGGGAAGGAGUCUGUGCUGCUUCUCUUCCUACAACAAUGGGUAUUGUGGCAGGAUUUCUUGUACAAAAUACUCUGAAGUAAGUGCUCGGGAUAACCUGUCUUAGCGAACAAUAUUACAGGCGACUUUUCUUCACCAUGGUUCGCAUGGGCCUUGAAAAGUCCUUGAAAAUUGAAAAAUUGUUGGAUAUUCUUGAAAAGUCCUUGAAUUUUGCACAGAAGUCCUUGAUAAUUUUUGAAAGCUCCUUGAAUAAAACUAAUCUUCGGUAAAAAAAAAAACAAAACAAAACAAAACAAAACAAUUGGUGAUCAUGAAAGUGUUUUCUUAUGAUUUCGGGUUUCCGGCAUGGUUUAUUUUCCGUUAUUUGAAGUACCCUUGGAACCGUGCCUUAAUGAAUGUAGGUAUUGCAAUAAGCGAAGCCCCCCUCCACCUGCGCAUUUUAAAGUUUUAAAUGUUAUUGGGGAAAAGAAGUCCUUGAAAAAAUGAGUUUAGUCCUUUAAAAGUCCUUGAAAAGUCCUUGACUUUUUUCCAAAAAAUUCUGUAUGAACCAUGUUCACAAAAUGAGAGAAAGAUAGAACCACCAUAUUAUACCUGCCAACUCUCACGCAUUCUACGCGAGUCUCACGUCUGUGGACUAAAGACAUCGAUCUCACGCAUCAGGGACAAUUUCUCACGGCUGACUCAAAUCCGGACAAAUUGUUCUUUACCACAUGAUAAAUAAUGAAAAUCAAUCCAAAAAGGCGUUAAAUGAUGACUUUGUGUCCCUUUCUUGUGUUCUAACGAAAUCAAAGCAGGCUAAAAUUGUCGUCUUUUAAGUAGCUUCGGAAGUGCUCAAACGUCUUCGGAGCAUCUGCGGACAUUUUGCGGCAACGUUCGGAAGUCUUCGGAAAGUUUGCACCAAUCUUCGGAAGUCGCCGGGACGAUUCCGGAAAUCCAGGUCAUGACAAGGUAAAAAUCUUACGCAUUUGACUCAGAAAAAGUUGGCAGGUAUACCGUAUGGUAGAGUGAAUACAGCCACAGAAAAGUUAUGCUUUUAUCUCAACACCAACUUCUUCUAUCUCUAAAUGAAUUCAAAAAUAACUUCCUUGUGAAUGACUCAUUUAGGGAUUUUUCAGCUAUGUCUGUCCUCUUCUUGCACUCACUCCCUUGUACACCACAAAAACAUGCAGUUAUGUCCCUGUACAACGGGAAAGUACUGCUCAGUAGCUUUUAUUUGAAUGGUCACAGUUAAUAUGUUACCAUUCUCAUACUCAAAAGUAAGAACCACCUUGUACAGUAUAAUUAACAGUACCACAUGCGAGUAUUGCUCAGUAGCUUUCAUUUGAAUGGACACUUAAGAUUUCAUCCACAGAAUCAAAAGGUUAGAUCCACCUUGUACAGAAUUCAGCGUAAUAAAUACUACUUUCCUGGAGAAAAGUAGUGCACCCUGCUCUCCCUCCUCGCCCCCCCUCCCCGUCCACCGCCACCGCCACUAAACCUACGUUGCUUCCCACGCAGAUGUUCUUUUGGCUUGUCACACAAUCUUCCUCGUUGGGAAGGAACGCGUGAUGAAGCCGUACGAACGUGGGGUUGGAGGCUAGGUGAUAGGGAAGCUAUUGCUGGUUCACUUUUGUUUUCGUGUUGUGGGUAUUGUAGUGUCAGGCUUCAAUCUUUAGUAAAACGUCAAAUUGGCGAUUGAACUCAUACGUAACACCGAGAAACUACCCUAAAAGUGACCUUCAAACAUAUUCCUUGUUGCGCUUAGCUUGUUACACCCUUUUCUGCUAGGUUGUUCCUUAUGGAAAUGACUCAUUUUCCUUUUGACUCGCAGGUAUCUUCUAAAGUUUGGUUCUGUUUCCUACUAUCUGGGGUACAAUGCAAUGCAAGAUUUCUUUCCAAGCAUGACGCUAAAGCCAAAUCCUGCAUGCGAAGAGGUGAUCUGUCAUCAGAGACAGCGAGAAUACCAGGUACAUUAAAUUGCUAGUAGACUGAAUCGCCUCUUUUUUAAGUUCAUUUUAAGCUUUUCGUAGUUUCAGCUUCAAAAACUUAUGAAAAAAAUAAUAAUAAAAUGUGUUGUGAUCGAUGUGGUCUCGGCUCAGACAACGACGUGUGAGAGUGAAAAAAAAGAACAAAAGAACCUUUUGUUUCAAGAACCAAUACGCUUUUAGUUGGCAUAUUAAAAUUAAUGGGUGGUGUGAGCGUGAGUAUCGCUAUAGACAACUCCCCCCCGCCCCGCCCCGCCCCACCCGCGUCCAAAAGUUCAAAUGGAAAGUACAGAAGCAUGUGGGCAAAGUUUUGGAUUAAAGAAGUGACAACAUGUUCUCCUGGUGUUUAGGAUUCAGAAGAGGCCAAAAAAGGAAAGGAAGAAAAAGUGGAAACUCCAGCAGAAGAGGAAGUAAAACAUGAGGAUAAUGAAUGGGGU